AUGCCCCAACAUACCCCACCAUACCUCACCAUACCCCACCAUACCCCACCAUACCUCACCAUACCCCACCAUACCCCACCAUACCUCACCAUACCCCACCAUACCCCACCAUACCUCACCAUACCCCACCAUACCCCACCAUACCUCACCAUACCCCACCAUACCCCACCAUACCUCACCAUACCCCACCAUACCCCACCAUACCCCAACAUACCUCACCAUACCCCACCAUACCCCAACAUACCCCACCAUACCCCACCAUACCCCAACAUACCUCACCAUACCCCACCAUACCCCAACAUACCCCACCAUACCCCAACACACCCCAACAUAAACCCACCAUACCCCAACACACCCCAACAUAAACCCACCAUACCCCAACAUACCCCAACACACCCCAACAUAAACCCACCAUACCCCAACACACCCCAACAUAAACCCACCAUACCCCACCAUACCACACCAUACCCCACCAUACCUCACCAUACCCCACCAUACCCCAACAUACCCCACCAUACCCCAACACACCCCAACAUAAACCCACCAUACCCCAACAUACCCCACCAUACCUCACCAUACCCCACCAUACCCCACCAUACCCCAACAUACCUCACCAUACCCCACCAUACCCCAACAUACCUCACCAUACCCCAACAUACCCCACCAUACCCCAACAUACCCCAACACACCCCAACAGCAUACCCCACCAUACCUCACCAUACCCCACCAUACCUCACCAUACCCCACCAUACCCCAACAUACUCAGCACCACCAACUCUUCGGCUGUCAGCCCCUGACAGUGCGUAG